GGCCGCUUCGAGGGCGCGGAAAGCGAUCGGGGUGGGAGCGGGCGCUGGGAAAGCCGGCGGGAGAGAAGGGCGGCGCUGGAGGAGGGCGGCGCGUGGCUGACUCAUCCCCCUGGAAAGGCAGAUCGACAGACAAACCCCGCUGAGCCCGCCUGCCCGCGCCGCUCCUGCUCAGCGCGGGAGGCGCCCGCCCGCACCGCCCGCCCCUCCUCCCAGCCCGAUCGCCUCGCACAAAGUUUGUCUCAUCAGAGGGACCGGAGCCGCCGCGGGCCUUUGGGAAGGGAUCGGGGACGGAAGAGGACGCGAGAGCCGUGCGGGCCCGGGGAGUGCAUGGUGCCCGGCGCCGCGGCUGCCCAUCUGGAGGACAUCGGGGCGGGGUCGGCGGUGCCCCGCUCCUUCUAGCCUCAGCCUCGCCCGAGAUCGCCCUCCCGGACUGCCGCGGGGGUCCCCGCGCCCCAGCCCGCCAUGUCCCGGCUGCUGCCGCUGCUGCGGAGCCGGACCGCGCGCAGCCUGAGGCCGGGCCCGGCCGCCGCCGCCGCCGCCGCGCCCCGCCUGCCGUCCUGGUGCGGCUGCGGGCGGGGGCUGCUGGCGAUCGCGUUCCCCGGAGGCUCCCCCGGCGGCCCCCGGGGACUGGGCACGCACCCCAAGGAGCCCAUGGAGGCGCUGAACACGGCGCAGGGCGCGCGCGACUUCAUCUACAGCCUGCACUCCACCGAGAGGAGCUGCCUGCUCAAGGAGCUGCACCGCUUCGAGUCCAUUGCCAUCGCCCAAGCAUGCAGAUUUCCCAAACCUGAGGUAGCCAUUAUGAAGACGGCGAAGAAGGUAUCAUCAGCAGAGACCCCUGAUAGUUUUGAAAAAUUGGAAGCUGCGCCACCCACCCCAGAACAGCUGAGAUACGUAUUCAUCCACAAUGCGAUACCUUUCGUAGGAUUUGGCUUUUUGGAUAAUGCAAUUAUGAUUGUUGCAGGAACCCAUAUUGAGAUGUCUAUUGGAAUUAUUUUGGGAAUUUCAACUAUGGCAGCUGCUGCUUUGGGAAAUCUUGUGUCAGAUUUAGCUGGUCUUGGACUUGCAGGCUACGUCGAAGCUUUGGCUGCCAGGUUAGGCCUGUCGAUUCCUGAUCUCACACCAAAGCAGGUUGACAUGUGGCAAACCCGAGUUAGUACACAUUUGGGCAAAGCUGUUGGGGUGACUAUUGGCUGCAUUCUAGGAAUGUUUCCUUUGAUUUUCUUGGGAGCAGGUGAAGAAGAUGAAAAACUGGAAAAGAAAAAUUAACCCUCGUAGAGUACCUAUAAAAGAUGUAAACUAAUGUACCUCAAUGAUUAAAUAUGCUGUCACAACAUUAGGAAUUAAGACAGUAACAGUGUAUAGAUAUGGGAUCAAAUAAUUCAGCAUGUAUUAUGGAAAACACUAACUUAUUGUGGCUUGGUUUUCUUAGGACAUCUUUUUAAAAAAACUGUUUAGUAUCAUUUUGUGUAAAUUGAAGUGCUUUUUCAUCAACGGCAGUCAACAUUUUAUCUUUUCCUUCUCUUUCUUUAUAUAUCCAGAUAUCAUUUAUCAGUCAUUGAUGUAUUGUACUGACUUGGGGUUUGCUUAUUUGUUACGUAAUAUGUAUAUGCAUGAAAACAUUUUCUGUUGUUGUGUUCCCUAUAGUUACAAUUCAACCUUAAGAUUUUUCCAAAUUACAUAAGAUGUUUGUUGUCAGUUGAAGAUUUUUUACUCGCUUUCUGGCAACAUCAAUUUUGUACUGUUUCACAGAAAACAUGCAUAAUCAUAUCAUUUCAGUCACUUUUAUUUACUCCCACAUCUAUUCUAAACAGAUGCAGACUUUAAGUAUUUUAAGUUUCUGUUACUCAUUCUAAUUUCUUGUCUCAAGUGCCAGAGGUCAAUCAGAAUGAGCAGUUAUGUGGUCUUCGUACUGCAUAAAACCAUAUAUCUUUUUUUAAAAAAAAUAUAUUCCAUUGAUCUUCCACAGAGAGGAAGGGAGAGGGACAGAGAGUCAGAAACAUCGACGAGAGAGAAACAUCGAUCAGCUGCCUCCUGCACACCCCGGACUGGGAAUGUGCCCGCAACCAAGGUACAUGCCCUUGACCGGAAUCGAACCUGGGACCCUUCAGUCUGCAGGCCGACGCUCUAUCCACUAAGCCAAACCGGUUAGGGCAACCAUAUAUCUUAAGUAUAUUAUUUCGAAUGGAUUGUUUUACUUUUAAUUUCUCAAUUUUGCAUCAUUACAUGGUGAUUUUUGACUAAUGAGAGGAAGAAAAUUAUUAUUGUGGGUUCUUUUCAAUGGUGAUUAUGGAAUUAGAGUGAACUAAGGGGUUUGACAUGACACUUGAAAAUUAAGAGGCUAAACAAAUUUUUUUAGAGAAAUAGAAAAUGGGAACUGUCAAGAAGGUUUAUGGGAUAAGUGGUGAAGUUGAAAGGAUGUUUGUAAGGUUAAUGAGAUACAAAUUAUAUUGUACAGGAAGGAUUUGUUCCCUCCAAAAUGUCUUUUGAUCUGAAUUAAAUGAGUCUGAGUACUUCCUAUUCAUAA